GAAAGGCGUGGGAAAGAAUCUUUCCGGAAUAAGAUGGCGGCAACGAUUGCAUUGAGGAGCAGCUGCAGAACAGCCGGGCGUUUGCUCUGUGUUCAUCAGAUAAGACUACAUAGUGACUUUUGUUUGCUAAAGCAAAAAUACAUUUCUAAGUUUGAGAAGUCUUUAUGGCGGUAUCAACAUCAGCAUCGAUUUUUUAGAAUAACUGCUGCUUCACACAGCCAGAUUGUUCAGUUCAAGCUCUCUGAUAUUGGAGAAGGGAUCACAGAAGUGACAGUGAAAGAGUGGUAUGUAAAAGAAGGUGAUGUUGUGUCACAAUUUGAUAGCAUCUGUGAAGUACAAAGUGAUAAAGCUUCGGUCACAAUCACCAGCCGUUAUGAUGGCGUCAUUAGAAAACUCCAUUAUGGGUUGGAAGAAAUUGCCCAUGUGGGAAAACCACUGGUGGAUAUAGAAACGGCUUCUGUAAAAGCUGUAACUCCUGAAGAAGAUGUGGUUGAAACACCGGCUGUGUUCAUUGAAGAACAGAUCCACCAGCAAAUCAAAGGCCAUAAGAUUUUAGUAACCCCUGCUGUUCGCCGCCUUGCUAUAGAAAACAAUAUAAAGUUGAGUGAAGUUGUUGGAACAGGGAAAGACAACCGUAUUCUCAAAGAAGACAUUCUUAACUACUUAGCUAAGCAGACUGGAGCAGUUUUACCUCUGUCAUCAAAGCCUGACAUCAGUGCACCUUCCUCAAAACCAGAUGUUGCUGAAGACAAGUCAAAAGAGAAAGCUGAAAAAACUGUACCGCCAGUUUCUAAACCUAUAAUUUCAGCGAAAGACAAAACAAUGGCCUUAUCCGGAUUUCAGAAGGCAAUGGUGAAAACUAUGAGUGCUGCUUUGAAAAUUCCUCAUUUCGGUUAUUGUGAUGAGGUUGACCUCACUCGGCUCAUCCAGCUGAGAGAAGAGUUGAAACCUUUAGCAAAAGAACGGGGAAUUAAACUCACUUUUAUGCCCUUCUUUCUAAAGGCUGCUUCUCUAGGCUUAUUACAUUAUCCUGUUCUUAAUGCUUCCGUGGAUGAAAACUGCGAAAACAUCACAUACAAGGCUUCUCACAAUAUUGGAAUUGCCAUGGACACAACACAAGGCUUGCUCGUUCCUAAUGUGAAAAAUGUCCAGGCUUGUAGUGUGUUUGAGGUUGCUUCAGAAUUAAAUCGCCUUCAAAAAUUGGGCUCAGCUAACCAGUUGGGAACAAAUGAGCUCACAGGGGGAACGUUCACACUUUCCAACAUUGGCACAAUUGGUGGCACUUAUGCAAAACCUAUGAUCCUUCCUCCUGAAGUAGCUAUUGGCGCUCUGGGAAAAAUACAGGCCCUUCCUCGAUUUAAUAGUAAAGGUGAGGUAUUUAAAGUACAAAUAAUGAAUGUGAGCUGGUCAGCUGAUCACAGAAUCAUUGACGGUGCAACCAUGUCUCGUUUUUCUAACUUGUGGAAAUCUUACUUGGAGAAUCCUGCUUCCAUGGUGAUGGAUCUUAAGUAAAGAAGACAACAUCUGGAUGGCUUAUUUUAAUUCCAAAAGUGCAAUCAGGCUACUUAAGCUAGCAAGUGCCAUUAAAACUGACUUCAUACUUCAGAACUGCAUUGCGUUUGCUAGAUCUUUUAGAUCCUGGCUCUGUGUCUUGAUUAUCUGUUACAUUUUUGCCUAGUUGAAUCGCUCAGUGGUAAACUAUUUGUUUAGAAGUUAUGGUAUGACUCCUUCACAAGGUGGCGGAAACCUAUGGUGGCAAAAUAGUGCAAUAUUCCACUUACCGUAUUAUCAGAUGGGGGCUGCUAAUAAUACUUAUGGGACUCUAAAACAUCUUACGUCAUUCACAAAUUCACAAAUUCAUAAAUUGCGACCUGAUUAGAAAUGAAAGUCCCUGGAUGAAAAUAUUAACCAAAUGUUAACUAUUUCUUAUGCAAUUAAUUCACUACAGAUGAUAUUCAAAUAAAAUGUUUUUAAUGAUUAUUUUAUUAAAGAUGCAAAGGUUCCAUUUUUUGACAUAUAGUGCUAACUGUUCUCUUUUUUUCUUUUUUCAAUAUUCUUUUCAAAUAUUCAAGUUUUGUAUCAGACAUUCUUCAUUACUGAAAUGAAUAUGUACACUAGAAGAAUGGCAAACCCUGGACCAUGGAUACUCCCUCCCCACCC